UCACCAGCUCACUCCACUCCCCACUCGGGGCUCCCCCAUCAAUAUAAUCAACGAUCUUCUGUGCUACGAACGACUAUCCACCAAUUACCAGAAAGAAAAGCUCUCUUCUUUCUUGGUGAAGACAGCACAAGAAGAGGAUCAAUCGAAGAAGAAGAGCGAGGAAAAGAUGUCGAUCAAGCACUGCGACAAGCACGGCGACUGCGAGCGGCAGCGGCUGUACCGCCGCUUCUGCGCGGGUCUCCUGGCCUUCAUCCUCCUCGUCCUCCUCAUCAUCCUCAUCGUCUGGCUCAUCCUCCGCCCCUCCAAGCCCCGCUUCUACCUCAACGGCCUCCAGGUCCUCUGCCUCAACGCCUCCCAGGGCUCCUCCGGCUACUCUGGCGCCGCCGGCGCGUACCUGACGGUGACGCUGCAGGCGACGCUGGCGGCGCGUAACCCGAACGAGCGGGUGGGGAUCUACUACGACCGCGCGGACGCGUACGCGGAGUACAAGGGCGCGCAGCUGACGGUGCCGACGGCGCUUCCCGUGGUGUACCAGGGCCACCUCGACACCUCCGUCUGGUCGCCCUUCCUCUCCGGCGCCGACGUGCCGCUGCCGCCCUACCUCGCCGUCGCGAUGCAGCAGGACAAGGCGGCGGGAUACGUGCUGCUCACCGUCAGGGUGGAUGGGUGGAUCAGGUGGAAGGCCGGCGCGUUUAUUACCGGGCAUUACCGGCUCAGGGCUAGGUGCCCUGCUCUGCUCACCGUCGUCAAUGGCGCCGGACAGGGGAACGACGGCUAUGGUUCCGGUGUCUCCUCCGGUGGCAGCGGCUUCAACUUCCAGCGGGCGGCGCCGUGCGUCGUCGACGUCUGAAUGAAUUGCCCUCAACUGCUCUUCUGUUGUCUGUUACUUGUGUUGUAGCCGUGAUGUGUCCUCCCGUCUCGUCAGAAGAAGACUUUUGGUUCCAGUAAAUAUAUACAUAAAUAUAUACCACUGCAAUAGAAUGGAUGCGUUCAAUUUUGCUCCUAGCACAUGAGCUAGGCUAGCUAUAA